CCCUCUUGCAUCUUCGAAUCCGAGCCAAAGCAACUCUGUGCGGUGUUUUUCUCUCAGAGAUGCAGCAUCAAAACAUUCGAUAGAGUCCAGUAGGGUUGUUGAAGAAGAAGUCACCAGGGGAAAGUGUCGUCGUGAUAUUCUCUUCGAUUUAAACCGAAAAUUGUGGCGUCUCUUUCGCCAUGCCAACGCUAAGGGAGAAAAUCGCUGGAUUACUGAGGCAAAUACCUCAUCAAACGGAUAAUUCUAAAUUAGAAAAAAAUCCAACUACUCAUCCCGGCUCUACGCCACAGGAAUCCUUCAUUCAGAAGUAUUUGAAUGGGCAAUUGAAAAGAAACCAACCCGAAAUAGUGUUCGGAAAAUGCUGCUACGACCUGCCCAUGAAGAAAGUUGCCAAGCUCUCCAAAGUGGUUCUUGCUGCACACACUGGGCCUGCUGGCGGGUUGACACAAGUUAAUCGAAAACACAAACCUUUCGAAUACCUCGAUCUGGAUGUGGAUUUCAUCGAUGAGGAUUAUGAAGAAGAUUCUGAAAAUCAUGAUAAGUUAAAUAUUCCAGAACCUGUUGUCGAUAACAAUGAAAAUACCACAGAAAAAAUCGAAGAAAAGAAACUUACUAUUAGUGAAGGUUUAGAUACACCAGAAGCAGUUGCUGGUAUCAAGAAUUGGACCCAGUCUGAUGAUCGAGCAUUUGGACUAGCCACAACUUUGUAUGAAAAACAUCCUUUAACCAAUGAAAAUGCUGGUGAACCUGUUGCUGAUGCAUUUGCUGUGUGCCUGCGUGAGAACAGUUCAGUCUUGGUUCUGGCAGAUGGCGUGAAUUGGGGUGAAAAGUCAUGCCUUGCUGCAAGAUGUGCUGUUCAUGGCUGCAUGGAUUAUUUGAACAAUGCGUUGUACAGAGAAGGGGGAAGGAUAGAAACCACUAUGGAUAUAUUCGUCUGUCUUCUUCGUUCAUUUCACGCAGCUCAUAAUUUAAUCCUACAAGAAGAAGGGAACCUGACAACUUUGUGUGCGGCUGUUGUUUGCCAGCUCAGAAAUUCUGAUAAAUUUAUUAUUUGCACUUGCAACGUGGGAGACAGCCUUGCCUAUAUUUACAGUCAGAAACAUGGUGUUAGAGAAAUCACCCAAGGUUCACACGACAUUCAUUCGAUGAGGGAUAUGCGUGACGCCCUCGGUGCUUUGGGUCCCGUAGAUGGAGUGAACCCCGAACUUAACAAUCUGACUGUAUCGAUGACAAUCGCUGAGCAAGGAGACUAUGUCUUCCUGUGUAGUGACGGAAUCUCCGACAAUUUCGAUCCGGUCGUCGGAAAAUUUGCCCUGCCCAAAAGGCCAGAGAAGCCGCACCGUAAGGGAUCCGAUGUCGCUAAACCGGACACUUCCAAGCACACAAACACCAGCAUAAAGAGGCAAAACAGCAACAGCCAAGAAGUCAACGUUAAAAGACAGAGCAAGUUAAAUGCAGUGCUUAGAAGACAGAGCAGCAGCAACCCGGCUGCCGAAGAAGCCAGAAAGUCAUCCGGUUCUACAAUCGAGGCAAUGAUUCCACCCGAGGCACCUCUACCCGUGGUGGAAGCCCACCAAAGACACCAACUGACUCUAUUGCGAAUGGAGGACCUCCUCCGGCACGGCCAGAACGACAACGAUAAGGGUUGCGAUUCAGCACAGAAACUAUGUGAAACCCUAAUCGAUUUUGCAAUGAAACUGACAGUUGCAAAGCGCAAGAUCUUAGAAGAUCCAGAUCUGUAUAAUGGAGAGCAGGAUUCUCAGCAGGAGCAGAGAUCGAGACGCAGGAAAGUCGGUGACAAAUUGUGCACGGUACCGGGCAAGCUCGACCACGCCUCGGUGGUUUCCUGUCGGAUCGGAAACUACAAACCCCACUCACCGAUCAGAAGAAGCAGAGAUACCAGCAAGAGUCACUCGAAAUCUCCAGUCGCAUCCAACAACAAAACCAACAAAUCUUCCGGCCACCACCACCAUCAUCAUCACCAUCACCACCACCAUCAUAAUCAAUCAAAUGUGGCCAACAAUAACAAUAAUAUAAACUCUAAAAUUUCUCGUGGAAUGAAGACAGACGACCCUCGACAUUACGAGUCGAGCAUUUGAAAUAAUAAAAAAAAAAACUCCUUCAGUUUGGUUUUGCUUUUAUUUUUUCACUGCCACUUAAUCUUUGCUCCUUGCAGUGAU